CAGCUUCCUUGGCACCCUCCCCUCCGCCAGCAGCAUAAAGAGCUGGCGUGUGCCUGAGGGGCGCGGCCCACGUGAUUCCCCCCUCCCUGCCGACAGUCCCAGGGGACAGGCACUUUGUUCAGGAUGCUGCCUUUCCCAUUGUGAAGUGAAAGCCGGCAGUUGCCUCCGUCACCAGCUGGAGCGGGAGGCUGCGAGCAGCAGUGCGGGCUUCCUCCCGCGGCCUCCGGCUCCAAGACGGGGAGCACACCAGGAACUUUCGGAGGGAGCCACAGGCCCCAUCGGGAUGAGCCGUGCUCUCAGGCUGCGUGAGGAUGAGGAGGUGACGGGGGUGUCGCACGGUCGCUAGCCCUUGAACCCGCCUCGCCGAUGAUGAAUGGGACGGCCAACGUGAACCCGACCGGCCGAAGCCACUAUGCCUCCGCCAUUCCAGUGCCUCGCACCAUGUCCCAGAGCAAGCUGCAUGCCAUGGCAGCAUCACCCAGGCUACCCUCACGGCAGAGCAGCCUGGGCACUGCCCCCUCCCCACGGGCUUCACCACCAUGGCCAGGAAAGGCACCAACCAACAUUACCACCCCAGCCUCCAAAGGCCCCAAGCAGAAAAGUGCUGCCAAAGCCUCCGUGAGCUCAGGGGCUGGCCCUGACAAGGCAGAGCCACCCGAGUGCAAAGGACCUGAUGCUGAGUCUAACCUCAACCAGGUCACGUCACCCUCAAGCAGCAGCUCCCCAGGGGUGCAGAAGGUGACACUGAGAGCUUCUGGGGUGCCUAGGAAGUCGCAAGUGCAAGGAACAGAGAGAGACAAGGACAGCUCAAAGGCUGGGGAGGUGCCUAGCAGCCACAACACCAAGAAGGGCUUGGGGAGACCCAGUGGCCCUGCUGAACUGCCCAAGACACCUCAGCUGCAAGGGAAGAGCCCCUCCCGCUUCAGCCUGCACAGUGAGAGUGGGCUGCCUGGGCCCCAGGACACACUCAGUGCUAAGAGGCCGCAGAGUUGCCCCCUGAAGGGCCAGUGGGCAUCAGAAGUGACCUGGAAAGGCAGUGGGGUGCCCAAGCCCUGUGCAAGGGAGGACAGGCCCCCUGUGAGCUCCUUGGACAACAGCAGCUUGGCACAGAAUAAGGGGCCAGCAUUACACUCUGGGGCCAUCAGCUUCUCCACAGCCUCACAGCAGAGUCACCCUGUCACCGCUACUGUGGCGCCCUUCCACUACCGGCUACAGGGGGACAGGGAAAGAAGCGAGCCCUCCCCAGAGGAGCACCCACAGACCAGCCCUGCAGAGGAGCCUGAACCCCACUUCCAAGGCUUGACCGCCGGGACUGUCCAUGGUGCCGCCGCGGGCGGGAUGCUGGGCACCGCCGCCAAGAGCCCGCUGGACGUGGAGCUGGGCGAGGAGGAGCCGCGCGGCGGCGGCGGGCGCAGGGCCGAGCCCCGGGCCGGCAUGGCCAAGCGGCCCGCGGCGCCCGGCGCGCCCAAGCCCGGCGAGCUGCGCGUGUUCAAGGCGGGCGGCGCCGCGCCCGGCUCCAACCUGCGCAAGCAGAAGUCGCUCACCAACCUGGCCUUCCUGACCGACAGCGAGAAGAAGCUGCAGCUCUGCGAGCCGCGCUGGAGCGACGACAUGGCCAAGGCGGCGCGGGGCGGCGGGCGCGGCGGCGGCGGCCCGCGGGCCAAGGACGCGCCCGCCAUGUCCCGCAGCCUGUCCCGCUCCGAGCACUCGCUCUUCCAGCCCAAGCUGGCGCCCGGCGCCGCCAAGCCCCCGCUGGCGCCGCUGCCGUCGGGCGCGGGCAAGCCCAGCCGCAUCCCGCGCGGGCCCUACGCUGAGGUGAAGCCGCUGAGCAAGGCGCCCGAGGCCGGCGGCGCCGACGACAGCAAGUCGGACGACGAGAUCCUGUCCAGCAAGGCGCGCGCCCAGGGCAAGGCGGCGCCCGCGGCGGGGAAGGCGCCCGACGAGAAGCCCUACCUCAAGGUGGACCCCGAGCUCGUGGUGACCGUGCUGGGCGACCUGGAGCAGCUGCUCUUCAGCCAGAUGCUGGACCCUGAGUCCCAGAGGAAGAGAACGGUGCAGAAUGUGCUGGACCUUCGGCAGAACCUGGAGGAGACCAUGUCCAGCCUGAGAGGCUCCCAGGUGUCUCACAGCUCCCUGGAAAUGACCUGCUAUGACAGUGAUGAGGCGAACCCCAGGAGUGUGUCCAGCCUGUCCAACCGCUCCUCCCCACUGUCCUGGCGCUAUGGGCAAUCCAGCCCUCGCCUGCAGGCUGGAGAUGCACCCUCUGUGGGUGGGAGCUGCCGCUCAGAGGGCACUCCCAGUUGGUACAUGCAUGGGGAGCGUGCACACUACUCCCACACCAUGCCCAUGCGCAGCCCCAGUAAGCUGAGCCACAUCUCCCGGCUGGAGCUUGUCGAAUCAUUGGACACUGACGAUGUGGAUCUGAAGUCCGGGUACAUGAGCGACAGCGACCUGAUGGGGAAGACCCUGACGGAGGAUGAUGACAUCACCACAGGCUGGGAUGAGAGCAGCUCCAUCAGCAGCGGCCUCAGCGAUGCCUCUGACAACCUUAGCUCGGAAGAGUUCAAUGCCAGCUCCUCGCUCAACUCCCUCCCGUCCACCCCCACAGGGUCCCGGAGGAACUCUGCCAUAGCGCUGCGCACGGACUCGGAGAAGCGGUCACUGGCAGAGAGCGGACUGGGCUGGUACGGCGACACCGACGACAAGGGCCACAAGAAGCUAGACUACGACAGCGGGAGCCUCAAGAUGGAGCACGGAUCCUCCAAGUGGCGGCGGGAGCGCUCGGAGAGCUGCGACGAGGUCCCAGCCAAGGGGGGCGAGCUGAAGAAGCCUGUCAGCUUGGGCCCACCAGGGUCCCUGAAAAAGGGCAAGACUCCCCCAGUGGCAGUGACCUCCCCCAUCACCCACACAGCUCAGAGCACUCUCAAAGUGGCAGGCAAACCUGAGGGCAAAGCCACGGACAAGAGCAAACUGUCUGUGAAGAACACGGGCCUGCAGCGCUCUUCCUCUGAUGCUGGUCGGGACCGCAUUGGAGAUGCCAAGAAGCCUCCCUCAGGUCUUACCCGCCCCUCCACUGCUGGCUCCUUCGGCUACAAGAAGCCAGCUCCCACCACCGGCACUGCUACAGUGAUGCAGGCUGGGGGCUCAGCCACACUCGGCAAGAUCCAGAAGAGCUCUGGCAUCCCUGUCAAGCCAGUCAAUGGGAGGAAAACCAGCCUGGAUGUCUCCAAUGCUGGCGAGCCUGGCUUCCUGGCCCCUGGGGCCCGCUCCAACAUCCAGUACCGAAGCCUGCCACGGCCAGCCAAGUCCAGCUCCAUGAGCGUGACGGGCGGGCGUGGUGGGAACCGGCCUGUAAGCAGCAGCAUUGACCCCAGCCUCCUCAGCACCAAGCAAGGAGGCAUCUCAGUGUCACGCCUGAAGGAGCCCUCCAAGAUCGGCACAGGCCGGAGCACACCAGCCCCGGUGAACCAGACGGACCGAGAGAAGGAAAAGGCCAAAGCCAAGGCUGUUGCACUAGAUUCAGAGUGUGUCUCCCUGAAGAGUAUUGGCUCCCCUGAGAGCACCCCCAAAGCCCAGGCUGGCCACUCGCCUGCCACCAAGGUGGCUGAGCUACCACCCACCCCUCUCAGGGCAGCUGCCAAGAGCUACGUGAAGCCCCCUUCUCUAGCCAACUUGGACAAGGUCAACUCCAACAGCCUGGACCUGCCCUCCUCCAGCGACCUGCACCAGCCUCAUGCCAGCAAGCUGCAGGACCUGCACCCAGCAGCCGGGCACCUUGCACCUUGCUUCACCCCCAGCCCUGCCCCCAUCCUCAAUAUCAAUUCGGCCAGCUUCUCCCAGGGCCUGGAGUUCAUGAGUGGUUUUGCUGUCCCCAAGGAGGGCAGGAUGUACCCCAAACUCUCUGGCUUGCACCGCAGCAUGGAGUCCCUGCAGAUGCCGAUGAGCCUGCCCAGUGCCUUCUCCGGGGGCAGCACCACCACCCCUGCCCCAGCCAUGGCCCCACCCACGAGCGCAGAGGAGGAAAGCAGUGAGCUGAGCUGGAGUGGGAGCCCCAGGAUUGCACAUCUGGACAGGUACCAGAUCCCAUCCCAAGAGGAAGCCAAGGAAAGGCGACACUCACACAGCAUUGGAGGGCUCCCGGAAUCGGACAACCAGUCAGACCUGCCCUCGCCUCCUGCCCCCUCCAUUUCGCUGGUCGGGAAAGGCCCUCUCACCAAUAUCGUGAGUCCCACCGCUGCCACCACUCCGCGGAUCACCCGCUCCAACAGCAUCCCCACCCACGACUCCACCUUCGAGCUGUACAGCACCUCCCAAAUGGGCAGCACCCUCUCCCUGGCAGACAGACCCAAGGGGAUGAUCCGCUCGGGCUCCUUCCGGGACCCUGUGGACGAUGUUCAUGGAUCCGUGCUGUCCCUGGCGUCCAGCGCUUCCUCCACUUACUCCUCAGCUGAGGAAAGGAUGCAGUCCGAGCAAAUCCGCAAGCUGCGCCGGGAGCUGGAGUCGUCUCAGGAGAAGGUAGCCACCUUGACAUCUCAGCUGUCAGCCAACGCUAACCUGGUGGCAGCUUUUGAGCAGAGCCUGGUGAACAUGACAUCCCGCCUGCGACAUCUGGCUGAGACCGCGGAGGAGAAGGACACAGAGCUGCUGGACCUGCGAGAGACCAUUGACUUCCUGAAGAAGAAGAACUCAGAGGCCCAAGCUGUAAUCCAGGGAGCUCUGAGUGGGACUGAUGUCACACCCAAAGAGCUACGCAUCAAGAGGCAGAACUCCUCAGACAGCAUCUCCAGCCUCAACAGCAUCACCAGCCACUCCAGCAUCGGCAGUGGGAAGGACGCUGAUGCCAAGAAGAAGAAGAAGAAGAGCUGGCUAAGGAGCUCAUUCAACAAGGCCUUCAGCAUCAAGAAGGGCCCAAAGUCUGCCUCGUCCUACUCUGACAUCGAGGAGAUAGCCACCCCCGACUCCUCAGCCCCAUCCUCUCCAAAGCUGCAGCAUGGCUCCACAGAGACAGCCUCACCCUCUAUCAAGUCCUCCACCUCAUCAUCUGUGGGCAUCGACACUGCCGAGCUCUUCCAGCCUCACGUGGAGGGGGAGCCAGAGAAGAAGGAGGUGUCAGAGCUGCGCUCUGAGCUGUGGGAGAAGGAGAUGAAGCUGACAGAUAUCCGGCUGGAGGCUCUGAACUCUGCGCACCAGCUAGAGCAGCUCCGUGAGACCAUGCACAACAUGCAGCUGGAGGUGGAUCUCCUGAAGGCUGAAAACGACCGGCUCAAGGUGGCUCCAGGGCCCUCAUCGGUGCCAGGCUCCAUCCCAGGACAUGUCACAAGUAUGUCGGCCUCCUCAUCCCCGCAGCGCUCCUUGGGCCUCACCCUUGGUCACUCCUUCAGCCCCAGCUUGGCAGAUACAGACCUGUCACCGAUGGACGCUGUCAGCGCCUGCACCCAGAAGGAUGAGAUGACACUGCGCAUUGUGGUGCGGAUGCCACCCCAGCACAUCAUCAAGGGGGACCUGAAACAGCAGGAAUUCUUCCUGGGCUGCAGCAAGGUGAGCGGGAAGGUCGACUGGAAGGUGUUGGAUGAGGCCGUCUGCCAAGUCUUUAAGGAGUACAUCACCAAGAUGGACCCUGCCUCCACCCUGGGGCUCAGCACUGAGUCUGUGCACAGCUACAGCAUCAGCCAUGUGAAGCGGGUCCUGGACAUGGAGCCCCCAGAGCUGCCUCCCUGUCGACGUGGUGUGACCAGCAUUGCUGUGACGCUCAAAGGCCUGAAGGAGAAGUGUGUGGACAGCCUGGUGUUUGAGACACUCAUCCCCAAACCCAUGAUGCAGCACUACAUCAGCCUUCUGCUCAAGCAUCGGCGCCUCAUCCUCUCGGGGCCCAGUGGCACGGGCAAGACCUACCUGACCAACCGGCUGGCCGAGUACCUGGUGGAGCGCUCAGCCCGGGAGGUCACCGAGGGCAUUGUCAGCACCUUCAACAUGCACCAGCAGUCCUGCAAGGAUCUACAGCUGUAUCUCUCCAACCUGGCCAAUCAAAUCGACCGAGAGACAGGGAUUGGGGAUGUGCCACUGGUCAUCCUCCUCGAUGACCUCAGCGAGGCUGGAUCCAUCAGUGAACUAGUGAAUGGGGCACUCACCUGCAAGUACCACAAAUGCCCCUACAUCAUUGGGACAACCAACCAGCCUGUCAAGAUGACCCCAAACCAUGGCCUCCACCUCAGCUUCAGGAUGCUGACCUUCUCAAACAACGUGGAACCGGCCAACGGCUUCUUGGUGCGUUACUUGCGUCGGAAGCUGCUCGAGUCAGACACAGACAUCAACGCCAACAAGGAGGAGCUGCUGCGUGUGCUGGACUGGGUGCCCAAGCUCUGGUAUCACCUGCAUACCUUCCUGGAGAAGCACAGCACCUCGGACUUCCUCAUUGGCCCCUGCUUCUUCCUGUCCUGCCCCAUUGGGAUUGAAGAUUUCCGGACCUGGUUUAUCGACCUAUGGAAUAACUCUAUCAUCCCCUACCUGCAGGAGGGGGCAAAAGACGGGCUCAAGGUCCAUGGCCAAAAGGCAGCCUGGGAGGACCCUGUGGAGUGGGUCCGGGACACCCUGCCCUGGCCAUCAGCGCAGCAGGACCAGUCGAAGCUGUACCACCUGCCCCCUCCCACCAUCGGGCCCCACAGCACAGUCUCCCCCCCAGAGGAGCGGUCCGUCAAAGACACCACGCCCAGCUCCUUGGACUCUGACCCCUUGAUGGCCAUGCUGCUGAAGCUCCAGGAAGCAGCCAACUACAUCGAGUCUCCAGACCGAGAGACCAUGGUGGAUCCCAACCUGCAGUCGACUCUGUGAGGCCCCUGGGCCGUGCCGGACUGGGAAGGGGAGGGCGUUGCUGUUGGCAGCCACUGCUCCCACGGGGUUGUUUUUCUUUUCCUUUGGUAUCCCUGGAACGUGCAACCCGGGGCUGGACAGCAGAGGGGAAGCAGCACUCGGGGACUUCCCCUUAGGCACUGGGGCAGCUGGGCUCACCCCGGGAGAGCGCAAGGCUCCUGCCUCCCAUCCUGACUCUGGUGGUAGGCGAAUCCUGGUUUCUUUUCUUGGUUUUUCUGUCUCUAUUGCAAACUCCUGGUCUUUGGGGGUGGGGAGGGAAGGAUGCAGUCAGACCAGACCCCCCCAGCACCAGGCAACCUCUUCUGCAAGAAGGACCCUGCAUGGUGGGGCCCCCGCCUGGGGUGGCCCAGGGGCAGGGAGGAGCAUGUGGUUGCAGAACAAGAGAUCUGUUUUUUUAUAAUAAAACAAACAGAAACGGGGUGGGGGGGAGCAAAUUGAAGAACAAAGUCCUGGUGAACGUGUCCAAGUCGCCUGGCAGAGAGACCCGACAGGCAAAGGUGCUGCCACCAGCUCCCAACAUGUCUCCCACCAGCCGCCCGGCCCGGUGCAGCACAUGUGAAGGCCUGCAAGGAAGAGGACUCUCCGCUCCGUCUCUGUGCGUUCCAUAUUUAAUCUGCAUGGCCGCCAUUUCAACCAGGACAUCCCAAUAAACCCUGCUUUGGUUCUUUAA